GCCCAUCCUCUCUCCUUUAUCUACUGUUCAUAACCCCCCCCCCCCCCCCCACACACACUCUCUCUUCUCUCUUCUUCUCACUUUCAACUUUCUUUCUAUCCUUGAUCCUUUCUCUCCUAUUUUCCUUUUGUCCUACUCCCGCAAUGGCGCAAAUCCGCGGCACUGCGGGCUACAACCUCGGGCACCAGAACCCCUUCGGAGGGCCUGGUAGCGCCGAUGCGACGAGUGAUCCUAGUCCUUUGGAUGCUAUUCGAGAGCAGACCAGCAAGAUCGAGGACUGGUUGGACACAAUGGCAGACCCUGUCAAGCCAUACCUCCCAGCCAUUGGUCGUUUCUUGAUCGUGGUCACUUUCAUCGAAGACAGUUUGCGUAUUAUCACACAAUGGAGCGACCAGCUCUUAUAUCUGCGCGACUUCCGGGGCAUUCCCUGGGGAAUCACGCAUACCUUCCUGAUCGUCAACAUCCUCGCCAUGUCCGCAUGUUCUUUCUUGGUUAUCGCCCGUAAACACACUGAGAUCGCGGUCGCCGGUCUGCUCGGAGUCGUCGUUACGCAGGGUAUCGGAUACGGUCUUAUCUUCGAUCUCAACUUUUUCCUUCGCAACCUGAGUGUCGUGGGUGGUCUUCUCAUGGUGCUGUCCGACUCGUGGGUCCGCAAGAAGUUCGUUCCCGCCGGUUUGCCCCAGCUCGACGAGAAGGACCGCAAGAUGUACGUUCAGUUCGCUGGUCGUGUCUUGCUGAUCUUCCUUUUCAUCGGAUUCGUCUUCUCCGGCCAGUGGAGCUUGUGGCGUGUGCUGGUCAGCCUUUUCGGAUUUGUCGCUUGUGUCAUGGUCAUUGUCGGAUUCAAGGCCAAGUGGAGUGCUAUCCUUUUGGUGGUUUUGCUGAGCAUUUUCAACAUUCUGGUCAACAACUUCUGGACUCUCCACCCCCACCACCCUCAGAAGGACUUUGCCAAGUACGACUUCUUCCAGAUUCUGUCCAUUGUCGGUGGUUUGGUGCUCUUGGUCAACAUGGGCCCCGGUCAACUGAGUAUGGACGAAAAGAAGAAGGUCUACUAGAGGAACCAAGUCCUUUUACACAAACGGCAGAUCAUGUCAUGCGAAAUCCAACGCGCGAAUACGCUUCCUCUCAGCAAUUGAGACACCUUGAUACCUUUUGGAGACGCCUUUUUUUUCCAUCAAAAACAAGCCUACAUAGCCUCGUUU